AUGGAGAACUUUAUUGCUGCACAUGGCCUUCUGGUGGUUAAUGACCCAGACUCUCCACCAACCUUUUCGUCAUCUAAUGGUCAUUCCUGGAUUGAUCUAACCAUCUGUUCCAAAGGUCUCUGCUCUGUUAUUCAGAAUUGGCAGGUAGGCAUUUUUGACUGCCUCUCUGAUCACGAGUGUAUAACCUAUAGCCUAGGCUGCAAUAAUUUGCAGGAUGCAGAAGCUUCGAACAACAAGAAUGCUUUUAAUACCAAGGCAGCUGAUUGGUGCGAAUUUCAGGACACUAUUCAGCGGAUCGGCAUGCCUUCCUCUAGGAUUGUAUCACAUACUGAAGCUAAGACCUAUAUUGAGUCAGCUAUUUUCAAAAUCUCUUCCGCAUGCGUGGAAUCCAUUCCCAGGAGGAAAAACAAAAAACGGGUAACUCCAUGGUGGAAUUUGGAUUUAUCUCUUAUGCGCCAGAACAACAAUAGACUACGCAGGAUAUUCCAGAGAUGCCAUGAUGAAAGGAGGGAGGAACUGCGCUUGCAGUACCUCUCUUGCCAGAGAGGGUAUAAGGAGGCCAUAAAGAAGGCAAAACUAGAUUCUUGGAAGUCUUUCUGCGCAGGUGCGGGUAGAGACCCAUAG